AUGUCUGCCGCUUCAGAAACGACAGAAAAACCACGCGUUCAGGUUUAUGGCUCAAGUGUCGCAGGCAACAUAUUUGUCAAGAAAAAUCAAGAAUGGGUCCAGACAGUGUUAACCAUUCACAAGAUUCCUUUCGAAUUCGUUGAUGUUGCUGCUGAUGAGGACGCACUGAAAUACAUGAAAAGAAGAAAUAGAGGAGCUGUUGGUUUGCCUCAGUUAUUCACAGAUGGUGAAUUUAAAGGGUUGUUCAAAGAAUUUGAAGAAGCAGUCGAGGCGAGGGAAUUGAAGAAAUUCCUUGAUUUAGAAGAUUAA